UUGUAUCUUCAAUGCAUAUCAUAUGCUUAGAUCGCGAAGCAAAUCAUGACCGCACCAAAUGGAAGAAGAAUUUUUUAAAAAUUCUAUCCGAUCAAGGACAACGAUCAUUAGAUGCGACUCAAUGCAUUUCUCCGCAACGCUUAUACCGUUCCGGAAACAACUUUUGCAGUGCCUCUGCUGAUGCCCGACGGUGACAGCUUGGUGAGAAGAGAAACUCUGCAGGAUGUGGGGGAGCAUAGCGUGAUCGCGUCGAAACCAUCUAUUUUUAGCCAAUGGAUACAGCGAAUGAAAAUAGAAGACCAGGAGGAGAUUAAUAACCCUGCAAAAUCUGUCGUUUCAAAAGCAGUGACUGAAGAAGAUGACUCCAUCAAACAAUAUGCCGAGAAUCUGAACAAUGAAAUGAUUAAGCGGUACAUCAACAAUGCAGGAGCUUAUACACGUGGUGAAAAGAUCUUGGAUACGUUGAUGCAAUUGCGCUUCACAGACAGCGUUCGUAAUAGUAUCAAAUUAGCGGCUCACGCAAAGGGCACCGCUACCGCACCGUACAUCAUCAACAUGACGCUCCGCAAGUCUUCCAGUGUGGACGAGACACAAAUUGAUCAGGGGCACUGCUCUUGCCCUGUCGGACGGAAUGGUCGUUGCAAACACUGCGUUGCGUUGUUGCUACAAUUGAUGCAGGAUCCUACAGCUUUUGUUCCUGAUACCUCGGAAGCUUCGAGUUCGGUCUCACAAAGUUAUAUGCUCAGCAGUCCAUCCACAGCAGCUACAAAGACUACACCUCAGGAAGCUAGCCUUUCAGAGGAAGCGACGGCGAGCCCAUCCAGUCGAAGUGCUCGACGGGCGCUACCAUGGGCAUCACAAGGAGAAGCCGAGGAGAAAAAACCCAAAAAAUCACGGAAGACCGAAAAAUCCCCAAAGACAAUCAACGCAGAGCAAUCUGAGCCCGAGGAAAAAAGACCCAAAAGAGCACGAAAGACCGGAAGAUCCCAGAAGGCAACCGAUACAGAACGAUGCGAUCGCUCCGAUGACGAUGAGGACAUUCCUGUUGCUAAGAAACGCCCGAAGCGAUCGAAGGUGACUGAAGAUUUGCCGACUAUCUCAUCCAAAGAAUCGAUAACAGAGAAAGAGGCGAAGCCCGCGACGAAUACUGUGGAGGAUGAGCCGUCGUCAGUCAUCCUAGCGCCAGACAGUGAUGCCGAAACAGAUGAUGGGUUGGGCGACAGUUUUACUGAGUAUAUAAUCCCGACACCCACCAGGGAAAGUCCAGAAGAGCCAAAGAAACAAGACAACAAGAAUGCCGGACCGACGGCUGUUCAUGAUACCACAAAUAUCGAGCGUUUGGACAAUAACUUUUCUUCAGAUUCAGACGAUGAGUCACCGAGUGCAAGCAAUGAAAAGUUGAAGGGAUUGAGUACGGCCGAUCUAUUCGAUGAACUGGACCUAUAGCGAAUACAAUCUGUAUAGUAUCACUUCAAUUUAGAAAUUUUCAUAAUUUCGCACUGUUGGUUAUUCAAGAUGUGACGCUAUUUGCAUUGAUGAACUGGUCGUGAUGCUAUGCAAACAGUUUAAUGAGAGUAUUUAUUUUCCUGCUGCCAUUGAAGCUAUUGGUAGUUUGAUGAUGCAGUACAU